UGUUUGUUUUAGAAGAAGCUAAGUUGUGGGUUCUUAAUGUAAAUCAUUUUAGAGGAAAUGUUUCCAGUCUUUGGCUAGCUCACUCUUCCUUUUUCUGCCUGGCCCCUACAGGCAUUUCACAUUCUGCAGUCUGGACCAGAACUUGCUUAGCCACUGGGAGAGCGUCUCCAAGACUGAUGUCGUCACUGUCAGCACUGAAGCCGUCUUUGCUCUUCAGACACUUUUCCCUCUGGGAGUGGGCUUCUACCUCCCAAUCUAAUGAGUGUUCUCUCCUACGUUCCCUCCUUCCAGCUUGCUCCUGAGAACACAGUGGCAUAUGGUUCCUGCCCCAGUCCCAGCCUCAGUCCCAGCCCAGGUAUCGAAUCUGAUAGUUUGUAUCUCUUCCCCUUUCAUCACUGGUAGCUUGUUUCUCAUCCCGGGCCUCAUCUGAGCCCUAACUUGCUUUAUGACCUUCUGCCACCACCUGGUGAACCCCCAGACCAGCGUUUGGGCAAAUUACAACCCUAUUUGGAAGCCACGGGGUCUGUCACUCAACUGAAACCUAUAGCUUCGUUAUCUAGGCCUCACCUUUCCUUUCUCCCUUCUCACCUUGAGUGGCAGGCACCUUUCUACACAUCUUAGCCAGAGGCCUCAGCCAAGUCACUGGGUCUUCCAAGAAGGUGGUGAGGAACAGCCUGAUGUGAGUGGCCUGAGCUACUCACACCUGAGGCUGUGACAUCACCAGCCCACGCUGCCACCUAGGGUUAUGUCUGGAUCCAUGACCCUGCAGCAGCAGCAAGAGUCUGUGUCAGUGUCUGCAGUCCUUGGCCCACUCACCAAAGGCCAUGUGGACAUCCCUGGUCUGGGCUGCUGCCUGGGCCAUGUUGAUGUUCCGGGGCUACACAGAGCUGGCCGUGCCAUUCGCCUGGGCAGUGCAGAAGAGCUGGCCCUGGCGCCAUGGGUCCAGGAGAGUUGAUGGGCUGACCAACUUAGCUACCACCCAGGUCCGGAUCCAGGGAUUGCAGUUGACCCACACCAACAUCUACCCCAUCUUUGAACUGCUGGAGCCUGUGAAGGGGCCAGUCCUGCAGAUCCAAAGCUCCAGGAUCUCCAUAAGACAGGGCAACAGGGGUUGGAGAUUUAGCUCAGUGGUAGAGCGCUUGCUUGCCUAGGAAGCGCAAGGCCCUGGGUUCGGUCCCCAGCUCCAAAAAAAAGAACCAAAAAAAAAAAAAAAAAAAGACAGGGCAACAACAGAUUAUCCGAGAGGAGUCCUGGGGAGGAUCCAGUAUUGAAUUGUCGCAGAAACCAGAGGCCUUGAACCAGACCGAUGACUCAUUACAGUGAACAUUUGCAGUGAAGCAAAAGGCGACUUACUCCAAAUUAAGGCACUGUACCGGAUCCCCCUGAAACCUCAUUUUGGGGUGGUGGAGGGUUUGUGUCUCUAAAUGUCUGUGUGUCCUUCCAUUUACCUUCAUCCUCUGCUCCCCCAUUUGCAUUUUUACUGCCAACACCCAGACAUUUGAAACCAGGUACUUGCAAGACUGAGCUGUCUGUAGGACUACACGCUGUGACAGAGCCGGUGACACUCUUGGGAGGGGACUGGGCUAGGUCCCUUCAUUCAUGUAGCUCUAUUGGCAUUGCUGGUGCCUAACUCUCUGGUCUGUGGUUUUCAGCUUACAAACUGAGUCUCCCAUCACACCAAGGCCUUGGGAACCAGAGCUGGCACCUCUCCGCCUUGUCCAUUCUGUUGCCUAUGCGCAGUGUCUCACACACAGCUCAGCCAGUGUUUGCUGAAAGACACAGAAGGGGGUGCCCCCCAUGUACUUAAUUCUGAAAACCCCUAAAGGAUUUCCUAACUUUCUUCACCCACUUCCUGGGCCCCACAUGUUGUACCAUGCUCCAAGCCCUGGGAAACCCCCUUCCUCUUGUUACUUAGCAAUCCCUAAGUGUCUAGAGGCGGAAGGCCGGCCCUGCUUCCCUUUUGACAGGGAAGAGAGACCAUGCCACACGCAUCUGCCCUCAGGCAUGCUUACAGAAUGGAAUGAAGUUGCCUCAGGACCUGGGUGAGGUUCCUGGCUUCCUCUUGGGUACAGAGUUCCUCACUUUUCUAGAACAGAUACCCCUUCACCUGGGUGAAGGCCUGAAGAAACAGUUUCCCACGUCCACAAAUACAAAACCUUGAGUUCUAAAAUGUCCCCUCCUUCCGUGGUAAGGCUGCAGGGUGUCAACAUUCCUUGCUAAAAACAUUAAUGUCCUCUAUGUGGAAGUGCUUACAUAUUGGUGUGAACAUGCCGUGUGCAUGUCUGGAGGUCAGGGGACAACUGUGGUAGCCUGUUGUUCUCUUGCCUGCGUUCUCAGGGACUGAACUCAGGUCAUCAGGUUGGCGGCAAGCACCUUUACCUACUGAGGUAUCUUGGAGGCCCUUGCUAGUUCCUUUCUUGACCUGGUCAAUAGUUACCAAGUAUUUGCCUGGCAAUAAUUCAUUGAAUGCAUUUGCAUUCUGGGUACUUUCCACAAAUGUAUGUUGUAUUUUGCAAUGUAAGAAGACAAGAGAGAAAGGACAUUUUCUCUCAAUUCCAAGUUCCAUCACUCACAGUGAAGUAGUGCCCAUCUGCACCCCGGGGCCCUGGACCCAGCUCUGAAUAGUCACCGUCCCAGUCCCAGAGACACAAACGCUUCUACACAAAAUAAGUUAAUUUUUUAAAAAAGAAUUAAUUUUUAAAAGUUAAUUUUUAAAAAAGGAAUGUUGACUGCUUACAGUCGUCCCUACUGUGACUAUGGAGAGCACAUCUCAGAAUUCAUGAUUUUGUAUUUGUGGGCAUCAUUUUGGGGAGGAGCCCAAGGGCCCAAGAAACAGUGUGACUCAAACUGGAUCUCAAAGGUGGGAUUUACAAGUGGACAUUUUACUUGAGGGAACAGUGUGAGCAAGCGUUGCUCAGUAGAACCAGGCUUGUGUGUUUGGGGGUCUGACGCAGUAAAGAUAGCCUGCUACUGUGUGUCUGUGUGAGGGGGUGGGGUGGGGGAUGGGAGAUAAUGCGAGGCAUGUCGGCCUUAGAGGCCUGACCUGCUGCCCCAGCCCUAAACGUGGGCAAAUGCCACUUUCAAGCCCUUGUGCAGAAACAAUCAUGAGGCUUUCUCAGUUUGGUUUGCUGUUUUGCUUAAACCACAGGCCCGUGUGAGCUCAUAAUCUCUAUCCCAGACAGGCGGAAAGUUACAUCUGCCAGACACGUGACAUAGAUACCGAGUUCCUGCAGACACAUUUGCUCCAGCCUCAAAUUCCAGCCCAGACUGGAGACAGCCCUGAAUUUCAGCCCAGGCCACCCCGCAGCUGCUUCCAAGUCCGGUACUAACGAAUGCUCGUGCGCACGGAGAGAGCCACAAGACCUGUGGACUGCAGCAUCUAGCAGGGCGUGUACAAUGAGCUAUGAUUCCCCCGACCAGCGCCUUGGAAUUCAGAACUUUACCCGCUAUCUCUGAGGGUCUGACUGUGUCUGGACUGGGGAUGAGGGCAUCGAGACACGUUAGAAGAGUUCAUGAACUCCAGACAGGGCUACUAAGUUUAACAAGGAGGCCAAGCUAGUGAGAGUCAGGUCUGAUCUAGAUCUUUUACAUUCAAACAGGGGCCGUGAUGAGGAGCGGCACCCCAAUCCAAGCAGGGUUGUCCCUUUUAAUUACGUUCCACGAAGACCGACUCUGCGUGCCGCUGUGAAAAACCCGCCCUUUCGUUUAGGCAACAGCCUCACGGUGUAGAUGCUGUCACAUUCCAUCAUACUCAUGAGGGGGGAUCAGAGCGACUUCGGAAUGAUCGCAGGCAGGCGUGGUCAGUGAAGAGCUGGCACUCAGACAGCCUCCCUGGGGAGCCUGCACAGUGGAAGCUGGCCCUGUCUGGGCAUGGAGAGGUGCCUCCUUCGCGAAACGCAGCCCAGCAGCCCUGGGGUGGGAGUGGCUCUCUUAAAGACCAUCUGGUGAAUUGUCCUUAGACUGCUUUCUCAUUAAACAGCCUUCAGAUUUGUCUCCACAGGCAACUUGCCUUCAGUUAGAGAGGCCGUGACCCACCAGCAUGGCAGCUGUAUUUUUCAUUAGUAAAUUAAUAAACUGGCUGCCUGGGUCUAUACACAUCUGUUAAGGGAAGCCCACCCCAGAGUGGGGCCAACUCUGUGCCUCCUUAAUUGAGAUUCUGAGUGUGCAAGGACAAGCCCCGGCCACAGUCCAGGUGCCAAGGAGCCUUGUCCCAGACUCUUCUUGGCAGAACUGGCCAACCCUCCUAAGGGGUAGACUAGCUCUGCGAAUUGGAGCUCUCUGGUCAGACGGCUGGAAUCAUCUGUACAGAAGGGUAUGGCGGUGCCAGGUUCCAGUGAGCCUUCCAAGUUCCACAUUCUGUGUCAGACUCCCGGCGCCAGACCAAAGGCGGCUCCUGGCAGGGAACCGGGAGGGAGCAGACAUUAGCGAUACUCUGGAAACUUUGUUCUACAUUGAAGACACGAGAAGGUCCACGCGCCCUCCCUCUGCCCCCAUUCCUGAGAGCAGCCAUGGCCCUGACUGACAUAGAUGUGCAGAAACAGAUCAAGCACAUGAUGGCAUUCAUCGAGCAGGAAGCCAAUGAGAAGGCGGAGGAGAUAGACGCCAAGGCAGAGGAAGAGUUCAACAUUGAGAAAGGCCGCCUGGUGCAGACCCAGCGGCUGAAGAUCAUGGAUUAUUUUGAGAAGAAGGAGAAACAGAUAGAGCAGCAGAAAAAAAUCCAGCUGUCCACCAUGAGAAACCAGGCUCGGAUCACAGUCCUGAGAGCCCGAGACAAUCUCAUCUUGGAACUGCUCAAAGAGGCGAAGAUGAGGCUCAGUAGAAUCGUGUCGGAUGAAGAGUUCUACCAAGAUCUGCUGGAUAAGCUCGUGCUCCAAGCUUUGCUCCGGCUGCUGGAGCCGGUGAUGAUUGUCCGAUGCAGAGAACAGGACUUCUACCUGGUGCAGUCUGCCCUGCUAAGAGCCAUCCCUCAGUACAUGAUGCUCUGCCAGAAGCAUUUGGAGGUCCAGAUUGAUCAAACUGAAUACUUGUCUUCCAAUGCUGCCGGAGGGGUGGAGGUCUAUAGCAGCGAUCGGAAAAUAAAGGUUUCCAAUACCCUAGAAAGCCGACUGAAUCUCGCAGCCCUGCAGAAUAUGCCAGAGAUACGAAGGACUUUGUUUGGGGAUAAUUCUAACAGGAAGUUCUUUACAUGAGGCUCUGGGAAGGGAAGCCCGGGUUGAACUGCAGAGUCUUAAAAGUCUAAGUCAUUUGGACAAAGGGGAACUGGGGGAGGGGUGCCACCUUCCUCUCUGUUCCUCCUCUGCAGUCAUUUCCUACCUUUGAAUAGCUAAGAGGGCAACUUCAAAAUAAAUCCCAAAUUACGCUCAGAAA